UCUGCCGCUGGGAGGCGGAGAGACAGACGGAGGGAGAGAAGGAGAGAGAGAAGGAGGGAUGGCGGAGAAGAGCCCUGACCCGAGCGGCUCGGCCGGCCGGAGGUGCGCCGCGCUGUCCCCGGCGGACAGACUGCAGUCCUCGGGGAGCGGCGGAUCCUCCAAGUGGGUUCGGCUGAACGUCGGCGGGACCUACUUUCUCACCACGCGGCAGACGCUGUGCCGGGACCCCAAGUCCUUCCUGUACCGCCUGUGCCAGGCGGACCCGGACCUCGACUCCGACAAGGAUGAAACAGGUGCUUAUUUGAUAGACCGAGACCCAACCUACUUUGGACCAGUACUCAAUUAUCUGAGGCAUGGAAAGCUGGUGCUGAACAGAGGCCUUGCAGAAGAAGGUGUUCUCGAAGAGGCAGAGUUCUACAACAUCACAUCAUUGAUAAAACUAGUCAAAGACAAAAUCAGGGAGAGAGACUGCAAAACGACUCAGCUUCCUGUGAAACACGUCUACAGAGUCCUGCAGUGCCAAGAGGAGGAGCUGACUCAGAUGGUCUCCACCAUGUCUGACGGCUGGAAGUUUGAACAGCUGGUCAGUAUCGGCUCAUCCUAUAACUAUGGAAAUGAAGAUCAGGCGGAGUUCCUCUGCGUCGUCUCCAAGGAGCUGCAUAAUCAGUCGUACGGCACGAGCAGCGAACCGAGCGAAAAGGCCAAGAUCCUGCAGGAACAAGGCUCCCGGAUGUGAGGCGGCGGUGCUGUAGAUGGUUCGGUCCUGCCGGUGCCGAGCGGAACCACAUGCGCGCGGAAUUCGGCGUGAGGCGAGAGAAAUUAUUAGAAAUGGGCGAUCUAAUUUUUUGAUUUGGAGUAAACGACACACGUUUGUGCCUGCGCAGCAAAGCUGGACCGGCUUUAUUUCACGUUCUGGACGGAAAAUUGAUUCAUCAGUUUUGGCAAUACGAAAGGCAGGAAUAUUAUGGGCUACUCGCUGAGCUAAAAGGGCCUCGUUCAUAUCCGGCCCACAGUUUACUCAGGGUCUCAUCGACUUACUGAAAUUACUUUAACCAUCAAAUUUACAUUUACAGUCUCAUUUAUGUUCCCAUAAAUACAUUAACAUAUAUAUCAAGAUAUGUACAGUAUGUCAAAGUUGAACCAUGAUGGAGAAGGGAGUAGUAGAAUUGAGUGUUUCUGGUUUAUUUGUCUUCUUUUGUCUUCUUUUUCUAAAUAUAAAAAUAUGUUUUCUGUUUAGUUUUUUUGGGGUGAGGGUGGUUAUUGCAGAAGUUACAGGUGAUCUGAUGAAUAGUGUUGACCACAUUUCUUCUUUUUUUUUUGUUGCAUUAAAUCAAACUAAGAUCUUGUAUUUUAGCAUGUACAUCAAACCAGAGCUGAUCAAAUAUAUUAUAUAUAAAUAUAUUCAUACAUAAAUUCCUCUUCCAACUGCAUAGUGUUAGUCAGUUUUACAGUUUUUUUCAUACCAGGGACAAACAAAGAAAAAAAAACACGUCCAUAUCGACUCAAGGUUACAGUACGAAUUAGUUUUUUGUUUGUUUUUAAGCAAUUUAUUUAUUUUUGACUUUUUUUAUGUGAUUUUUUUCGAUGUGCUAAAAAAGAAAGAAAGAACAAGAUGGGAACGUCUAAAAACGUCUAAAGUCUGUGCUGAACUUUUGAACUUUGUCUUCCAUCCUUGGGUUCAUUCCAAAUGGUUUGCAGUUAAACUGGAACUGUUUUAUAUAUAAAUGUGUGUAAAUAUAUUAAAUAUAUCGUCACUGUCGCUCAAAAAUCUUGUAAAUUCUGAUUUGCCAUUUUUUUUUACCUUUUAAUGCAGGUUGUUUACUGUAUUGCUUCAGAUGUUCAUGAUAAAUGAACCAAUAGAAAUGCUCCAAAAUGAUUUGGAAUAAAAUCGCUUUAUAUUGACUUUUAUUGAUUAAGCCUUAUCUGCUUAUUGUACAAUAUAUGGAUAAUUAAUUUUUUUUAAUAGUGCAACAAUAGCGUGUUGCACUUAUCGUGCAUAAGCAGAUAUGAUAACUUUGCUUGCAAAUAUUUGCAUUGUCAUUUUAUUUGUGCUUUAUUUAUUAAGGGUAUUUUAAAAAUGGAUAUAAUUUUUUUUAUAUCUAAAUAACCCUAAUAAUCAAAGUUUAUUGCAAUAAAAAUAUAAAAAGGUCUAAUUAUAUUAAGCUAUUCUAUUUUUCAUAUAUUUUCCUAUUUAUUAAUAUAAGUUAUCACAAUAAUAUCGUGCAUAAAAAAGCGAUUAUUGUGACGGGCCUGACUUCCAUUUUUAUUUUUUUAUUUAAAUUGUGUUUUGGUGAUUUUAGCAGUUUUUUUGUGACAGUGACGAUAUUUAAAAUAUAGCUAGCUAGGUAUGUUGGGUAGUUUUGGAGAGGGGAAAUAAUGCUAAGGGUUUUUUACUGAUGGAUUAAGAGAGGCGAGGGAGGACCUUUUAGAUGUUUAAGCCUUUUUUAUAUAUAUAUAAUUGCAAAAUUUAGGCAGAUUUCGUGUUUUUUUUUUUUUUAAGACUGACUGAAUCAGGUCCUUUUUAUGUUUUUUCUCUGCUGUUAGAGAACUGCUUUAUUAGUUAAAUGACUGACUGUUAUUAGGUGGUCUUGACAUUUUUUUAAAUAUGUUUCUUUUAUACGACCUUUAGUUUAAGGCGACAGAGACAUUUCAGAUGUUUUAGUGCGCAUCGAUACCAUUGGCUGGAGCUGGUUCAUAUCUGGCAUGAUCUAAAUCAUUAUUAAUCAUUGUAAUUUCAGGAGCUGUGAGUUGAUUCACAUGAGACUACAUUCUCAUUAUCAGACUGCUUAGAAUCUAAUCAGAUUUUUUGCUUUAAUGUGAAAAAGAUCUGAUUUUUUUUAGGGCUGUGUGGACACACUAAAUCUGAUCCCUUCAAACCAUAUUUGUAUUACUUUUAUUUGUAUUCCAAAAUUCGAUUUGUUAACAGAGCAAAUAAUCAGAAUUAAAUAAUCAAACUUAUAAUUUGAACACAGCAUUAGAGCAGUGGUUCCUAAAGUGGUUUCACUCACAUUUUGUGUCUGUCUGCUUCAAACACAUCAUUAUCAAGUACUCCCUGAGUUAGCGAUGGUGCUUUACAAGCAGAAAACCAAUAAAAUGUGCACCAGGGUUGGGAACCAUUGACUUGAGCUCUGGGUGGGGACAGUAGAUGGUGCUUAUUCCCAUCAUCACUCCUAGGGUGAUGUGGAUCAGCACAAGGCUGCAUCUGUGAGCUGAUGUAUUAGAGCCGAGUCACUGCACGACGAUAUAUUGUCCCACAAAUUAUUGCGAUACACGAUAUUUUUGUCAUUUUAAGACUAUUAAAUGCCACUGACAUAAUGAUAUCAGAAUAGCAUUUAAAAAAUUAAAUUAAUCAAUUAUUAUAAUUAGUUUGGGAAUUAUUAUAUACUAAUUUCUUCACCUGUUCACUUUUAUAUAUAUGUGUGAACAAAACAAACAUACAAAUAAACACAAUAGAUGAUAUCACGAUUAUAAAAAAUGAUUGAGGUCAUGUUUAUUUAUUGUACGAUAAAUCGAUAUUGCAAUUAUUGUGACAGGCCUACUGACGUUACUCACAUUAAGUUACUGCUCUUUUACUCUGUCAUACUACACAGACCUUUGUCUCUCGCAACACUGAAAUUUGGAAAUUUGUCGGCUCCAACAUAAUCGGCCUAAAAUCUGAUUCCUUAUAAUGUGAAUGUAGCCCUAAAAAACUAAACUCAGCUCUUUAUUGACUGGAUUUUUUGAAGAAUGGUAUCUUUGCACCUCUGUAUAUGACUCUCGCGCACUAUCUAUAAUUUUAUAAUUAAUAUUAGGACUCGUGAUCUACGUCCCAUAUACGCCUAGUGUAUGGCGACUCCUUCAGACUGUAGCAAAACACAAUCUAAUAGAGCUAAAGCUCGAAGCUUAUCAUUUAAAAGUGUUUCCUGUUUGUUUUUUUCUUAGAUAAACAAUCACUUUUGAUGAGUUCAACUCUUUUGUAGUUGAAUAUUCUUACGGAAUAUACAUAUUUCUGUUCAUAAAACACAUUUUCGACAAUGUUGCCUUUAAUUGAUGACCAAUAAAAUGUCCGUUUCAUUUUGAAUCAUGGUCAGGGAAAACAACGACAAAAAAAAAAUAGCGUAUCACUUUGCUGGGCUAUGAGCUUCGACUGCAGUUUAGGGCCAGUGUUAAAAAAAAGAAAAAAUGGAUAUAACGUAGGCUCUGAGAGUGAAGUCGUAAUAUUUUAUUAAUAAAGUCAUAAUAUUUGGAGAGAGAAGUCGUACAAUGUGGCAUUUCACAAAUAAAGUCCUAAUAUUUUGAGAAAAAAGUCGUAUAAUGUUGCAUUUUGGAAACAAAUUCGUAAUAUUUAGAGAGAAAAGUCGUACAAUGUGGCAUUUUGGAAAUAAAUUUGUAAUAUUUCAAGAAAAGGUCAUACAAUGUGGCAUUUUGGAAAUAAAUGUCUAAUAUUUUAAGAAAAAAAGUUGUAUAAUGGGGCGUUUUGAAAAUAAAUUUGUAAUAAUUCUAAGAAGGUCGUACAAUGUGGCGUUUCGGAAAUAAAUGCCUAAUAUUUUGAGGAAAAAAGUCUUAUAAUGUGGCAUUUCGGAAAUAAAUUCUUAAUAUUUCGAGAAAAAAGUCGUAAAAUGUCGGAAAUAGAUUCAUAAUAUUUCAAGAAAAAAAGUUGUAUAAUGUGACAUUUCAGAAAUAAAUGCCUAAUAUUUUAAGAAAAAAGGUUGUACAGUGUGUCAUUUCGGAAGUAAAUUUGUAAUAUUUAGAGGAAAAAAAAUUAUAUAUUGAAAAUAAAGUGGUGAUAUUUCAAGAAUCAAGUCAUAAUAUUUUAAAAAUACUUUUUUUCUUGGUAAUUAAAAUUUUAUGAGAUUUGUUUUAAUAAUUAUGCCUUUUCCUAAAAUAUUACAAAUUUAUUCUUAAAAACGUUUACAUCUUUAUUCUCAAAAUACUACGACUUCAUUCUGGACGUCUGCUGUUUUUCUUUUUUUAACAGUGGCCUUUAAACACUGUCUAAAAAGGCAUAUCUCGAUGUUGGCGUUGUAAAUAAACUAAAAGCAGCAUAAUAUUCAGAUGUAACUAUUCAGUGCAUGCUAUUAUUUCUCAUAGGUCUGUCUUUUUCUCGCACACACACACACACACACACACACACAAAGGGCUUUAAUAGUGGAAUACAAGCUAUAAUAACUUUUGCGGAGGCUCGUCCAGCCUCUCUAUAUCGCCUGAUCAGGGCUACGUUUACAUGCUAGUGUUUUGGCUUUGUUUUCUAUUUGAUAAUCUUUCAUGUUUACUUACCUUGACUCUGUGGCACCACCGUGUUGUUUGGCUGGUUUUAAAAACCUCUAUGUUUACAUUUUCUCUUUAAUCUAAUAACAUAGCUAGUUACUGUCCACCCAUGUGUCUUUUACCUUUACUUUUCAUAUUUUUACCUUCAUCAGAGUCUCUGACUCACUGAGUCCUUGGCUUACUGCUCACUCGCUGAGUCGCUGAUUCCAUAACUCGCCGAGUCGUUUGCUCACUAAUUGAGUCACUUAAGUUAGUUGCUUGCUCAAUGAGUCACUGGUUCAGUAAGAUACUGGCUGAGUAGCUGGCUCACUGCUUAAGUUGGAGCUUUUCUAAACCACUGGUUCGGUUAGUUGCUUAUUCACUGAGUCACCUUAUUAAUGAGUCACUGGUUCAAUUAGUCACUUACCUGCUGCAUUGCUGAUUAAGUUAUUGGCUUACUAACUGAAUCACUACCUUGCUGAAUGAGUUACUGGCUCACUAAUUGAUUUGGUGCUUUAGUGAACCACUGGUUCGAUUAGUUGGUAAUUCACUGAGUCAACUGCUUGGUGUCUGAAUCAGUGACUGAAUCGUUGUCUCAGUGUCUGAAUCGGUGACUGAAUCGUUGUCUGAAUCGGUGACUGAAUUGGUGACUGAAUCGUUGGCUCAGUGUCUGAAUCAGUGACUGAAUCGGUGACUGAAUCGUUGUCUCAGUGUCUGAAUCAGUGACUAAAUUGGUGACUGAAUCGUUGUCUCAGUGUCUGAUUCAGUUACUGAAUCAUUGGCUCAGUUUUUGAAUCAGUGACUUAAAUGUUGGAUCAGUGUCUGAAUCAGUGACUGAAUUGUUGACUCCGUGUCUGAAUCAGUGACUAAACUGUUGGCUCAAUGUCUAAAUCAGUGACUGAAUCGUUGGCUCAGUGUCUGAAUCAGUUACUGAAUUGUUGGCUCAGUGAAUCAGUGACUCAAUUGUUGGCUGAGUGUCUGAAUCAGCAACUGAAUUGUUGGCUCAGUGAAUCAGUGACUGAAUUGUUGGCUCAGUGUCUGAAUCGUUGACUGAAUUGUUGGCUCAGUGUCUGAAUCGUUGACUGAAUUGUUGGCUCAGUGUCUGAAUCAGUGACUGAAUUGUUGACUCCGUGUCUGAAUCAGUGACUAAACUGUUGGCUCAAUGUCUAAAUCAGUGACUGAAUCGUUGGCUCAGUGUCUGAAUCAGUUACUGAAUCGUUGGCUCAGUGAAUCAGUGACUCAAUUGUUGGCUGAGUGUCUGAAUCAGCAACUGAAUUGUUGGCUCAGUGAAUCAGUGACUGAAUUGUUGGCUCAGUGUCUGAAUCGUUGACUGAAUUGUUGGCUCAGUGUCUGAAUCAGUGACUGAAUUGUUGGCUCAGUGUCUGAAUCAGUGACUGAAUUGUUGGCUCAGCGAAUCAGUGACUGAAUUGUUGGCUCAGUGUCUGAAUCAGUGACUGAAUUGUUGGCUCAGUGAAUCAGUGAUUGAAUCGUUGGCUCAGUGUCUGAAUCAGUGUCUGAAUCAGUGACUCAAUUGUUGGCCACACUGAACAUGGUCGGGCAUUGCAGCGCUGUAAAUGUGUAUUUUUUACACUUCUUUUUCUGUCUACCACACACACACUCUCUUGCACGCACACACACACACACACACACACACAAACACACACUCGCAACAAGCCUGGCUGUCCUAGCAUGUGCGCUGUGACCGCCUCUCCCUCUGAAGAACACUAUAUCUGAGUCCACAGUGACAUUUCAGGUGCCCUCCUCUUCUUUCUCUCCUUUUCUCCUUUGUUUUCUGAGAGGAGGAGUACAGAGCUAAUCGUUAUCGGGCACACACGUGUUUAUUCUGAGACUGCUGUGGACUGGCGUCUCAGUUUAAGAUGCAUAAAUAUAGAUUUUUGUUGGUUUUCCAUUUGAGCGUGCAAUGAAUCUGCAAAAACGUAUUUAAAAAAAGAAUAAAACGAAACAAAAAAAAAAACCGAGCAGAAGCGAAACGAGAUGCCUUCUGCUCCACUUUGUCACUGCUGUUCCUAUUACUACUAUCCUCUAAAAUGUUUUUGUAUUUGUAUUUUUUUAUGCUUAAAAUUUGUGUAUACACAUAGUAUAUUAUUAUAUAUAUAUGUAACUGCAAGUUAACAAAUGGGGGAAAAAUGUGUAUGAUGGUAAUGCUAGAACCAGGUCAACCUAAAUAAAACGUUGAAUUCAAACAUUGUA